GAAGGAGAUUUAUCCAUGUCGCAUCUCGGUCAGAAUUUGCCCACAAUUGGAAGACUUUGUGAAAAAUGUGAUGGCAAGUGUGUGAUCUGUGACUCCUACGUGCGGCCCUGCACCCUGGUGCGCAUCUGUGACGAGUGUAACUACGGCUCGUACCAAGGGCGCUGUGUGAUCUGCGGGGGCCCAGGAGUGUCCGACGCCUACUACUGCAAGGAGUGCACCAUCCAGGAAAAAGAUAGAGAUGGUUGCCCUAAGAUCGUCAACCUGGGCAGUUCCAAGACAGAUCUUUUCUACGAAAGGAAAAAAUAUGGCUUCAAGAAGAGGUGAUCCUAUCUGUACAUGGCUAUACCUCCUGCCAGGUUGGCAAGAGGGUCUUGGAGCAUCGCUGGACUUUACUAUUAUUGAAAACCGGUUGAUUAUGUUUUUCUAAAGCAGUACAGAUUCAGUAAUAUACUUGGGGCUGGAGAAGUAACAGACUGAAUGACGACUGAAACCUGAUCAGAACCAACGAUAAGCUAGAGCAGAUGAGGAUUACUGUCUCUUGCCUUUGCAGAAGCUCUGCAAGUAGUCGCCUCAGCUUUCUAUACAAAGCCUGGUGGGCAAGCACUUACACAUGGAAGAGACUAGCUCAGUAAAAAGCAAGUGUCGUUUCAAGUGUGGAGAAAGACUUUGUGGUUGUUCUUACUAGGCUAUUUGAAAUUGCCCCAUGCAUCAGUGUUGAAGAACAGAGCACCAAUCCCAUGUGUCUGCUCCCCUCCUCCAUUCCUUCAGUAUAUUUCCAUGCUGCCCUGUUUUGUAAGGAACCUGCUCAUGGCUGGCGCCUUCCUAGAGGGAGCACAGCUGUUCCAUGUUUUCUUUGUCAGAUUAAUCCAAGGCCCCUUCUUGCAACCAUUUCUGUAGGAUGCAUACCAAUAAAGCUUUUCGUUUGGGUUUUUAUUUUUUGUACAACAAA